AUGGCGCCGUCCAAGCAGUACGACGAGGGCGGGCAGCUCCAGCUCAUGGAGGCCGACCGGGUCGAGGAGGAGGAGGAGUGCUUCGAGUCCAUCGACAAGUUGAUCUCGCAGGGAAUAAACUCAGGAGACGUGAAGAAGCUGCAGGAUGCGGGGAUCUACACUUGCAAUGGGCUGAUGAUGCACACCAAGAAGAGCCUUACAGGGAUUAAGGGCUUGUCUGAAGCAAAGGUUGAUAAGAUCUGCGAGGCUGCUGAAAAACUUCUGAGUCAGGGUUUCAUGACAGGAAGUGAUCUCCUUAUUAAGCGAAAGUCUGUUGUCCGGAUUACCACUGGGAGCCAAGCGCUUGAUGAGCUGCUUGGAGGAGGGAUUGAAACACUCUGUAUCACAGAGGCAUUUGGAGAGUUCCGGUCAGGGAAGACCCAGUUGGCUCAUACUCUUUGUGUCUCCACUCAGCUUCCACUCCACAUGCAUGGUGGGAACGGGAAGGUUGCCUACAUUGACACUGAGGGAACAUUCCGGCCUGAACGCAUUGUGCCAAUUGCUGAGAGAUUUGGGAUGGAUGCCAAUGCUGUUCUUGACAAUAUCAUAUACGCUCGCGCAUACACCUAUGAGCACCAGUACAACUUACUCCUGGGCCUUGCUGCCAAGAUGGCCGAAGAGCCUUUCAGGCUUCUGAUCGUGGAUUCUGUGAUUGCGCUAUUCCGUGUUGAUUUCAGUGGUAGGGGUGAACUUGCAGAGCGUCAGCAAAAACUGGCACAAAUGCUGUCCCGCCUUACAAAGAUUGCUGAGGAGUUCAAUGUUGCAGUGUACAUCACCAACCAAGUGAUUGCGGACCCAGGUGGUGGUAUGUUCAUCACUGACCCCAAAAAGCCGGCAGGAGGCCACGUGCUGGCGCAUGCAGCCACCAUCCGGUUGAUGCUGAGGAAAAGCAAAGGCGAGCAGCGUGUCUGCAAGAUCUUUGACGCCCCUAACCUUCCCGAGGGAGAAGCUAACAGGCGGAUUGAUGGAUGUGAAAGACUGAUUGUUCAUCCAGGGCGCUUCCUGUCUUAA